CAGCCGGAGCGGCCGAGCGGAGCCCACCGCGGGGAGGGCGCCAGUCCGCGCCGAGGAGGAAGAGGAUGGCACGACCCAGCCCCAGCCGCUGGAGCCGGCUGCUUCUGCUGGCCGUCGCGCUGGGCGCCAGCUUCCCGGGGGAAAUGGCGAACCACUGCAAGAGGGCCCAGGUGAAGAGCUGCACCGAGUGCAUCCGCGUGGACAGGGAAUGCGCCUACUGCACGGACGAGAUGUUCAAGGACCGGCGCUGCAACACCCAGGCAGAGCUGCUGGCUGCGGGCUGCCGGUGGGAGAGCCUGGUGGUCAUGGAGAGCAGCUUCGAGAUCACAGAGGACACCCAGAUCAACACGAACCUGCAGCGCAGCCAGGUGUCACCCCAGGGGCUACGGGUCCGGCUGCGGCCCGGCGAGGAGCAGCACUUUGAGAUGAAGGUGUUCGAGCCCGAGAAGAGCCCGAUGGACCUGUACAUCCUCAUGGACUUCUCCAACUCCAUGUCCGACGAUCUGGACAACCUCAAGCAGAUGGGGGAGAGACUGGCCCAGGUCCUGAAGACGCUCACUGAUGACUACACUAUCGGAUUUGGCAAGUUUGUGGACAAAGUCAGUGUCCCUCAGACAGACAUGAGGCCUGAGAAGCUGAAGGAGCCCUGGCCCAACAGCGACCCCCCCUUCUCCUUCAAGAACGUCAUCAGCCUGACAAACAACUUGGACGAGUUUCGUAAUAAACUGCUAGGGGAGCGGAUCUCAGGCAACCUGGACGCUCCUGAAGGAGGUUUUGAUGCCAUCCUGCAGGUGGCCGUGUGCACGAGGGACAUUGGCUGGCGCCCCGACAGCACGCACGUGCUGGUGUUCUCCACCGAGUCCGCUUUCCACUACGAGGCGGACGGCGCCAACGUGCUGGCGGGCAUCCUGAGCCGCAACGACGAGGCGUGCCACCUGGACUCCUCGGGCACCUACACGCAGUACAAGACGCAGGACUACCCGUCCGUGCCCACGCUGGUGCGCCUGCUGGGCAAGCACAACAUCAUCCCCAUCUUCGCCGUCACCAACUACUCCUACAGCUAUUAUGAGAAGCUGCACACGUACUUCCCCGUCUCCUCGCUGGGAGUGCUCCAGGAGGACUCCUCCAACAUCGUGGACUUGCUGCAGGAAGCCUUCCAGCUCAUUCGUUCCAACCUGGACAUCCGGGCCCUGGAAAGCCCCCGAGGCCUGCGGACAGAGGUCACCUCUGCUAUGUUUCAGAAGACAGACACUGGGUCCUUUCACAUCAAGCGAGGGAUACCAGGCACUUACCAGGUGCAGCUGCGGGCUAUGGAGGCAGUGGACGGGACCCACGUGUGCCAGAUGGGAGAGGAGGACCGGAAGGGCACCAUUCAUCUGAAGCCCUCCUUCUCGGACGGCCUCUGGAUGGAUGCCGGCAUCAUCUGCGACGUGUGCCCGUGUGAGCUGCAAAAAGAGGAGCUUUCAGCUCGCUGCAACUACCACGGAGACUUCAUGUGCGGGCACUGUGUGUGCAGCGAGGGCUGGAGCGGCAAGACCUGCAGCUGCUCCACGGGCUCGCUGAGCGACAUAAAGCCUUGCCUGCGGGAGGGCGAGGACAAGCCGUGCUCCGGCCGUGGCGAAUGCCAGUGCGGCCACUGCAUCUGCUACGGAGAAGGCCGCUAUGAGGGUCCGUUCUGCGAGUAUGACAACUUCCAGUGUCCCCGUGCCUCCGGGGUCCUGUGUAAUGACCGGGGACGCUGCUCCAUGGGCCAGUGUGCGUGUGAGCCUGGCUGGACAGGCUUGAGCUGUGACUGCCCUCUCAGCAAUGCCACCUGCAUUGACAGCAGCGGGGGCAUCUGUAACGGGCGUGGCUACUGCGAGUGUGGCCGCUGCCACUGUAACCAGCAGUCGCUCUACACGGACACCAUCUGUGAGAUCAACUACUCAGCGAUACGCCUGGGCCUCUGCGAGGACCUGCGCUCCUGUGUGCAGUGCCAAGCCUGGGGCACUGGUGAGAAGAAGGGCCGUAUGUGUGAGGAAUGCAGCUUCAAGGUCAAGAUGGUGGAUGAGCUCAAGACAGCAGAGGAGGUGGUGGAGCACUGCUCCUUCCGGGACGAGGAGGACGACUGCACGUACAGCUACACGGUGGAGGGCGACGGCGCCCCCGGGCCCAACAGCACCGUCCUGGUGCACAAGAAGAAGGACUGCCCACCCAGGUCCUUCUGGUGGCUCAUCCCUCUGCUCCUCUUCCUCCUGCUGCUCCUGGCGCUGCUGCUGCUGCUGUGCUGGAAGUACUGCGCCUGCUGCAAGGCUUGCCUGGCACUUCUCCCUUGCUGCAACCAAGGUCACAUGGUGGGCUUCAAGGAGGACCACUACAUGCUACGGGAGAACCUGAUGGCCUCGGACCACCUGGACACGCCCAUGCUUCGCAGUGGGAACCUCAAGGGACGGGACAUGGUCCGAUGGAAAAUCACCAACAAUGUGCAGCGGCCUGGCUUUGCCAGCCAUGCCUCCAGCACCAACCCCACAGAGCUGGUGCCCUACGGGCUGUCCCUGCGCCUCGCCCGCCUUUGCACUGAGAACCUGCUGAAGCCUGACACGCGAGAGUGUAACCAGCUGCGCCAGGAGGUGGAGGAGAAUCUGAAUGAGGUGUACCGACAGAUCACAGACUCACACAAGCUCCAGCAGACCAAGUUCCGGCAGCAGCCCAACGCCGGGAAAAAGCAGGACCACACCAUCGUGGACACGGUACUGAUGGCGCCCCGCUCCGCCAAGCAGGCCCUGCUGAAGCUGACAGAGAAGCACGUGGAACAGGGGUCCUUCCAUGAGCUCAAGGUGGCCCCAGGAUACUACACCAUCACGGCAGACCAGGAUGCCCGGGGCAUGGUGGAGUUCCAGGAGGGCGUGGAGCUCGUAGACGUGCGGGUACCCCUCUUCAUCCGGCCCGAGGACGACGACGAGAAGCAGCUGCUGGUGGAGGCCAUCGACGUACCCAUGGGCACCGCCACCCUCGGCCGCCGCCUGGUGAACAUCACCAUCAUCAAGGAGCAAGCCAGCGGGGUCGUGUCUUUUGAGAAGGCCGAGUACGCGGUCAGCGGCGGGGAUCAAGUGGCCCGCAUUCCUGUCGUCCGGCGCAUCCUGGACAAUGGCAAGUCCCAGGUCUCCUACCGCACGCAGGACAACACGGCCCAGGGCAACCGGGACUACAUCCCCGCAGAGGGUGACCUGCUCUUCCAACCUGGGGAGACCUGGAAGGAAUUACAGGUGAAGCUCCUGGAGCUACAGGAGAUGGACUCCCUCCUGCGGGGCCGCCAGACCCGCCGCUUCCACAUUCAGCUCACCAAUCCCAAGUUUGGGGCCCGGCUGGGCCAGCCCCACUCAGCCACCGUCACCAUUGGGGACCCAGACGAACUGGACCGGAACUUCACAAGCCAGACACUGGCAUCAUUCCCUCACCAUGGUGACCUGGGUGCCCCACAGAACCCCAAUGCCAAGGCUGCCGGGUCCCGGAAAAUCCACUUCAACUGGCUACCCCCUCCUGGCAAGCCAGCAGGGUACAGGGUCAAAUAUUGGAUCCAGGGUGACCCUGAGUCCGAAGCCCACCUGCUUGACAGCAAGGUGCCCUCAGCGGAGCUCACCAACCUGUAUCCGUACUGCGACUAUGAGAUGAAGGUGUGUGCCUACGGGCCCCAGGGCGAGGGCCCCUACAGCUCCUUGGUGUCCUGCCGCACACACCAGGAAGUACCCAGUGAGCCAGGGCGGCUGGCCUUCAAUGUCGUCUCCUCCACCGUGACCCAGCUGAGCUGGGCUGAGCCCGCGGAGACCAACGGUGAAAUCACAGCCUAUGAGGUCUGCUACGGCUUGGUCAAUGAGGACAACCGACCCAUCGGGCCCAUGAAGAAGGUAUUGGUGGACAGUCCCAAGAAGCGGACGCUGCUCAUUGAGAACCUUCGGGAGUCCCAGCCGUACCGCUACACGGUGAAGGCGCGCAAUGGGGCAGGCUGGGGCCCAGAGCGGGAGGCCAUCAUCAACCUGGCCACCCAGCCCAAGCGACCCAUGUCCAUCCCCAUCAUCCCGGACAUCCCCAUUGUGGACGCCCAGUGCGGGGAAGACUACGAAAGCUUCCUCAUGUACAGCGAUGACGUUCUCCGCUCCCCUGCUGGCAGCCAGAGGCCUAGCGUCUCCGAUGACACUGGCGGCGGCUGGAAGUUCGAGCCCCUGCUGGGGGAGGAGCUGGACCUGCGGCGCAUCACGUGGCGGCUGCCCCCGGAGCUCAUCCCGCGCCUGUCGGCCAGCAGCGGGCGCUCCUCCGACGGCGAGCCGCCCCGCGGCCCCCCGGACCACCGCGCGGACGCGGACGCGGGCACGGGCGGGGAGGGUGGCGGCCUAGCCCGCGGCGCCACACCCAGGCCCCCUGGAGAGCACCUGGUGAACGGGCGGAUGGACUUCGCCUUCCCGGGCAGUGCCAACUCCCUGAACAGGAUGACUGUGGCCAACGCUGCCUACGGCACCCACCUGAGCCCACACCUGCCCCACCGGGUGCUGAGCACGUCCUCCACCCUCACGCGUGACUACCACUCGCUGACCCGCACAGAGAACUCCCACUCCGCCACGCUGCCCAGAGACUACUCUACCCUCUCCUCCGUCUCCUCCCACAACCCCCGCUUGGCUGCCGGUGUGCCCAACACACCCACCCGCCUGGUGUUCUCGGCCCUGGGACCCACAUCUCUGAAAGUGAGCUGGCAGGAGCCGCAGUGCGAGCAGGUGCUGCAGGGGUACAGCGUGGAGUACCAGCUGCUGAGCGGCGGAGAGCUGUAUCACCUAAACAUCCCCAACCCCAGCCAGACGUCAGUGGUGGUGGAAGACCUUCUGCCCAACCAUUCCUAUGUGUUCCGUGUGCGGGCCCAGAGCGCGGAAGGUUGGGGCCCAGAGCGCGAGGGUGUCAUCACCAUUGAGUCACAGGUGCACCCCCAGAGUCCACUCUGCCCCCUGCCAGGCUCCACCUUCACUUUGAGCACACCUAGUGCCCCGGGCCCACUGGUGUUUACUGCCCUGAGCCCAGACUCGCUGCAGUUGAGCUGGGAGCGGCCACGCAGGCCCGAUGGGAAUAUCCUUGGCUACCUGGUGACCUGCGAGAUGGCCCACGGAGGAGAGCCAGCCACCACGUUCCUGGUGGAUGGUGACAGCCCUGAGAGCCGGCUGACCGUGCCGGGCCUCAGCGAGAACGUGCCCUACAAGUUCAAGGUGCAGGCCAAGACCACCGAAGGUUACGGGCCAGAGCGUGAGGGCAUCAUCACCAUUGAGUCCCAGGAUGGAGGCCCUUUCCCACAACUGGGCAGCCAUGCUGGGCUCUUCCAACACUCACUGCCAGGCGAGUACAGUAGCAUCACCACCACCCACACCAGCACCACCGAGCCCUUCCUACUGGAUGGACUGAGCCUAGGGACCCAACGCCUGGAAGCAGGUGGCUCCCUUACCCGCCACGUGACCCAGGAGUUUGUGAGCCGGACGCUGACCACCAGUGGAACGCUCAGCACCCAGGUGGACCAACAGUUCUUCCAGACCUGAGCCCCCCAACCCUUACCCACCCGGGUGCGGGAACCUGGGCCCCCACCCCGCCUCCUCUCCCUGGCUCUGGCUUGGCUCCUCCACCCGUGGACCCCUCGCGGCCCAGCACACCCAAAUGCUGACCACAGGGCCAGUGCCUCUGGCUACGGAGGACAGAAGGUGUCCUCUGGGAGGAAUAAAGGGCGCAGAGAUCCCAGAAGGCCCUUCUGGCAGCAACGCCCCUACCCCAGGCCCAAGCCUAUUUGCACGUAACCAAAGAGCUGGAACCAGCAUGACAAGGCCCCUGCUUUGUUCCACACUUAAUAAAAGAUUUUGCUACCAA